UUCCUCGCCCUCCUCUCCUCUCCUCUCCUCUCUCUCGCUGUGUUCUGUUCUUGGUCUCUGCCUCCUUGCAGUCUUUCUCUCUCCUCUGGGCCCCCCCCACCCCUGCAUCUCUCUCAUGACCCCUUUCCCCCUCUUGGCACGCCCCCCCCAGAGGCGCUGGGCCCCGGGCACCCAAUGCAUCACCAAGUGUGAGCACAUGCGCCCCAAGCCUGGGGAGCUGGCCUUCCGCAAGGGUGACGUGGUCACCAUCCUGGAGGCCUGUGAGAACAAGAGCUGGUACCGCGCCAAGCACCACGCCAGCGGGCAGGAAGGGCUGCUGGCGGCCGGCGCGCUGCGGGAGCGCGAGGCCCUGUCGGCGGACCCCAAGCUCAGCCUCAUGCCGUGGUUCCACGGGAAGAUCUCAGGCCAGGAGGCCGUGCAGCAGCUGCAGCCGCCCGAGGACGGGCUGUUCCUGGUGCGAGAGUCCGCGCGGCACCCGGGCGACUACGUGCUGUGCGUGAGCUUCGGCCGUGACGUCAUCCACUACCGCGUGCUGCACCGCGACGGCCACCUGACCAUCGACGAGGCGGUCUGCUUCUGCAACCUCAUGGAUAUGGUGGAGCAUUACAGCAAGGACAAGGGGGCCAUCUGCACGAAGCUGGUGAAACCCAAGAGAAAACAGGGCGCCAAGUCCGCGGAGGAGGAGCUGGCCAAGGCCGGCUGGUUACUGAACCUGCAGCAUUUGACGUUGGGAGCGCAGAUCGGAGAGGGAGAGUUUGGAGCCGUCCUGCAGGGCGAGUACCUGGGACAGAAGGUGGCCGUGAAGAACAUCAAGUGCGACGUGACGGCCCAGGCCUUCCUGGACGAGACGGCAGUCAUGACGAAGAUGCAGCAUAAAAACCUGGUGCGUCUGCUGGGUGUGAUCCUGCACCAGGGUCUCUACAUCGUGAUGGAGCACGUGAGCAAGGGCAACCUGGUGAAUUUUCUCCGGACGCGGGGCCGGGCCCUUGUGAACACCCCCCAGCUCCUGCAGUUUUCCCUGCACGUGGCUGAGGGCAUGGAAUACCUGGAGAGCAAGAAGCUGGUGCACCGAGACCUGGCUGCCAGGAACAUCCUCGUGUCCGAGGACCUGGUGGCCAAGGUCAGCGACUUCGGCCUGGCCAAAGCCGAGCGGAAGGGACUGGACUCCAGCCGGCUGCCCGUCAAGUGGACGGCCCCCGAGGCUCUCAAACACGGGAAGUUCUCCAGCAAGUCGGACGUCUGGAGUUUUGGGGUGCUGCUGUGGGAGGUCUUCUCAUACGGCCGGGCGCCAUACCCCAAGAUGGUGAGCAAGGGCAGGGGGUGGGGAGGAGGCGCUGAGUCCCUUGUGGGUCCAGGGGUCGUGACCCUGAACCCCAGCCCACACUGGGGCGCCCUCUGCCCGCAGUCGCUGAAGGAGGUGUCAGAGGCUGUGGAGAAGGGGUACCGCAUGGAGCCCCCCGAGGGCUGCCCGGGACCCAUCCACGCCCUCAUGGGCAGCUGCUGGGAGGCGGAGCCCGCUCGCCGGCCGCCGUUCCGCAAACUGGCUGAGAAGCUGGCCCGGGAGCUGCGCAGCGCGGGCGCCUCAGCCCCCAACGAGGGGCAGGACGCGGACGGUCCCACCUUGCCCCACGGCCAGGAGCCCUGACCCUGCCCAUGGGGCCUCAGGCCCCGGAGGACUAAGAGAGUGGGGGACGCCGGGUGGGGACGCGGGCCAGGCCUGAAGAGGGGCAGGGCCGGGAAACUGCCCGCCCGGCUCGCGUCCCGGGGGUUGGCCGCGUGGAGGGCUCUGGGCAGCCCGUGGGCACCACGGCCCCAGGGAGGCCAAGGAUUAGCGCCUGGAUAAAGACUGGUUCUGAGGA